AUGUCAAAUGAUGAACAAGUCGACGAUGAAAAUCGCGACGGACAAGGGAGACUGACGAAACCAGCAGGCGCCAUGGCUAUCACAGCUCCAUCAUGGCUUGCUGCCAUGACCAUCUUCUCUUUCCUCUCACUUCUCCUCCCCACAAAUGCCCUGUACUUCUACGUUGAUGGCCGCCAAACAAAGUGCUUCUACGAGGACCUGCCCAAGGACACCCUGGUAGCAGGUGACUUCUCAACCUAUGUCAUUAACCCCCAAACCAACGUCUACGCAAUCGACCACAACCUCCGCGUCAUGAUCACCGUCGACGAGACCUUCGACAAUGACCACCGCGUUGUCUCCAAGCGCGAACAUCACUCUGGCCGCUUCACCUUCACUGCUGCCGAUGCUGGCCAGCACAAGAUCUGCUUCACGGCUGACACCGACGUCCAGACUAGUGGAUGGUUGUCCAGCUCCCAGGGCGCAGUCAAGGUGUCCUUGGACAUUGCCAUUGGCGAGACCAGCAAGAUCGAGACUGAGGAUAAGGACAAGAUGAAGGAUAUCGUGCAGCGCGUUAAGGAUCUGAAUAGUCGAUUGCAUGAUAUUCGGAGGGAGCAAGUUUACCAGCGGGAACGUGAGGCUGAAUUCCGUGAUCAGUCUGAGACUACCAACUCUCGUGUUGUCCGCUGGACUCUCAUCCAGUUGGCUGUUCUGUCUGUUGCGUGUGCUUGGCAGCUCUCGCACCUACGGUCUUUCUUCAUUAAGCAGAAGUUGACCUAG